AUGGAGGCCGUCAAGCGUUUCUUUUCCUCGCCGCGCUUCGCUGUCGCUGGUGCCAGCAAUGACACCAACAAGUUUGGCUACAAGAUUCUCGCGUGGUAUCACCAACACUCCCUGCCUGUCACCCCGCUGAAUCCCCGUGCGCCUCAAAUCAACCUCCCCUCCAAAGCCUACGAUACGGUCGCCUCACCCCUCGCCCUGCCGUCGCCCUCCCAGACGUCAUUGUCCGUCGUGACGCCCCCCGCCGUGACGCUCCCACUGCUUCAGGAGGCUCACAAGGCGGGAAUUCCAGCUGUCUGGCUACAGCCUGGAACGUUUGAUAACUCUGUGUUGGACUUUGCUCGCCAGAACUUCGAGGCAGUGAUUGCAGGCGAUGGCGGACGAGGAUAUGAGGGGUGGUGUGUACUGGUAGACGGCGAUGAAGGACUGGCAGCUGCCGGAGUAGACUGGACCAGCCAGAGGUUGUAA